AUGUUUGCUAAGAAAUUUACAUUAAAAAGGGAUUUUUGCAGCAAAUUACUCAUUAAGUUGGAGCAUUUAACACUUGCUUUAUGUUCUUUGAAAGGGAGAACAUCUCAUUUACUAUUAAAAGCUUUACAGCUCAUAGCUCUAAUUGAAACGUCGACAGAAAGUUGGCUCGAAAGAAAAGAAGACAAAGAUCCAAAAAGGUGA